CUCUACUUCUACCUCUUCCUUGGCUUUUUGCUACUCCUAUAUUCUUUGUGCCUUUACAAGCCCCUUCCACACACGGCAUUUCUCACUUCUGAUUUGAUGAACACACAUUGGAAACAACCCACACAAAGCAUAUACGACAAUAAUAUCAUUAUAUUACCAUAAAUCCAAUUCACAUACACAUACACAUACACAUACACAAAAAUGUCACCAACAGAAAAUACCCCUCUCUUGACUUCAAAGAGUCCUUUGGUCUCAAAGGCCUAUAAACAAGAAUUCAAAUGGCUCAUCAACAAUGCCAUGCCGCUUGUCCUCAGCUACCUCUUGCAGAACAGUCUCCAGAGUGUAAGCGUAAUUAGCGCUGGCCAUUUGGGUGCCACUGAACUCGCUUCGGCUUCCCUAGGCAGUAUGUUCGUCACUGUCACUGGCCUUUCAGUUGCCACAGGUGGAACUUUGGCGCUCGAUACCUUGUGCUCCCAGGCAUUCACAAGUGCAGACGACAAGAAGAUCGUCGGUCUGCAUGUCCAGCGCUGUCUUGCCUUUCUAUCCGUCCUCUACAUCCCCGUCUGCGUUCUGUGGUGGUUUGCCGAAUCGGUGUUCCUGCUCCUUCGACAGGAUCCUGAAGUGGCCCGUCUUGCGGGCUGCUACGUCCGCUGGAUGAUCCUAGGUGCACCAGCCUUUGCGAUCUUUGAAGCUCUGAAGAAAAUGCUGCAGGCCCAAGGCAUCUUCCGCGCCCCGACGCUUGUUCUCCUGAUGGGUGCUCCGAUCAACAUUCUGCUCAGCUAUGUCUUGGUCUGGUCCUCGACGCUUGGACUUGGCUUCUCGGGUGCUCCACUGGCCAGCUGUCUGACUUACUGGCUCAUCGUUAUCUUUAUGGCUCUCUAUAUCUACCGUGUGGACGGCUACCAGGUCUGGCCAGCAUGGUCUACCCGUCAAGCAUUCGAAUGGCGUGCUUGGGGUCCCAUGUCCAGACUUGCCAUCCCUGGAAUUCUCUUGAUUUGUACAGAGACCUGGGCCUAUGAGAUCAUUGCGUUUGGAGCAAGCUGGAUUGAUACCACUAGUCUGGGAGCACAAAGUGUUGUCCUCACCUCCAUUACCGCACUCUACACACUCGCAUUUGGUGUCGGAAUCGCUUCGGCCAACCGGGUCGGAAACCUGCUGGGUGCCCAGCGCCCACAGCAGGCCAGAAUCGCUGCCCACACUGCAAUCUACGCAGCCGUACUCGUUGCCGGAUUAAACAGUCUUUUGCUACUCGUCUUCCGUCACAAGUGGGCCUACAUGUUCACCAGCGAUCCUGACGUCGUGUCUGCGGUUGCGAAACUCUUACCCUGGGUCGCCCUGUUUGUAUUUGCAGACAACAUUGCCGGAAUCGCCGAUGGUGUCUUGAACGGACAAGGCCGUCAACAUGUCGGUGCCUGGUGCAAUCUGGUGGCUUACUAUGUGUGUGCGCUGCCUGUUGGUUUCUAUCUCUGUUUCCGCUCCGGCUGGGGUCUCACUGGCAUCUGGGCUGGUCUGGUAGGCGCUCUCAUUGUAUCCUGUCUUGUAACCGUUGCGGUUGUGUGGACCAGCAAUUGGAACACAGAGGCACUGAAGGCUGAAUGUCGUACCCGUGAGGAAGUUGCAGUAAAACAUCCAGAGGAUGAAGAGUCGAGUUAAAUCAAUUAUGUGACUUUGUUCAUGCAUUCAUAUACACAAAUUUCACAAUUACAUUCACAAUUACAAUUACACUCUUAUAAGCACAAACAUAUAUACAAUAUCUAUAUAUAAUAUAAAAAUGUGAUUCAAACUCAAUCAUUUAACCAUCAUACUAAUAGUGUUUUAUCAAUAAAUAAAUAAAAAUAUUCUCUUUUACUUCUUCUU